UCAAUUAGCGCUUCAGUGCUUAAACGAACGAAACGAAAAUGCGCGCUUUCACUGUGCUAUUAAUCGCGUGUUUGCUGUCGGCCUGCAGCGCCCAAAGCCACGACCUAAGUCUCGGCCAGCUGACCUACCGAGACAUCGUCUUGUACAAGAUCAACGAAUACAAAUACGGCUUCCCGUUCAUUGUCCGAACGAGCGAGAUAGAAUAUCCGGAGCCCGGUCAGCAGAACUUCGCGUACAUAUCCGCGAUAUACGUGAAGGAUCACUACACAGACGGCAACGGCGGAUAUCCGAUCGUCAAGUCCGGCGGCGUCGGACAGAAGUUCGUCAAGUUGAAACUGAAGAGUCAGAGAGGGCACGGCUUCAACUUCACCGUAACCAUUUACGGGAAAUACUGAUUUAUUUGCUGACGUACACCGAGGAGAGGUCUUUUUAUAGUGGAUUUUUGUUGAACUUAUUCAUUUAAAUCAGACAAAUUAGAGAUAUGUUUGUUAAUAAUUUUUUUGACAUAUAACAACAACAAUCUUACUUGAAGGUACAAACGGGCCUAAUGACGUAACAAUAUGGCGAACGUUAGAAUAAUAGUGAGUAAAAAAUAAAUACUUUUAAUAUUUUUAUUCCAUAUCUUCUAUCUUGCGUGAUAAUUUUAAAAAUAAUUUUAUAUCCUUACGUGUGAUAUCAGGUAUAAAUUUUAAUUAAUAAUUUAAUGUCGAAAGAAACAAUUAAAUCGAUUCUAAUUUAAUGGCCGCCAUAAGAAAAAUCAGUAUUAUAAGAAACCUUUUUAUCAUUAACUUACAAAGUGCCAAAUUGUAAU